GCUGCGCUGGAUGUGAUCGUGCACUGCAGCUAGUUUGAUUUGUAAACACGAUUUAUUUUCUUUAGUCUUAUUCAAAACUCGCAUUAUGUCGGUGGCGUUCGCACCUCACAGGCAGCGCGGGAAGGGUGAUAUUACACCCGCCGGAAUACAAAAGUUGCUUGAUGAAAACAAUCAGCUGAUUCAGUACAUCAUGGACUCCCAAAGCAAAGGCAAAACAGUAGAAUGUUCACAGUUCCAGCAGAUGCUUCACAGAAAUCUAGUCUACUUGGCAACAAUAGCAGACUCGAACCAGAACAUGCAGUCUCUUCUCCCAGCUCCGCCAACCCAAAACAUGGGCAUGUCAGGGGGCAUGAGUCAGAGCGGUGCCCCGCCACAGCCCCCCCACGGCCACAGCAUGCCAUCAGACGGGCCGCCCGCCGCGCCACUCAUGCAGAACCAGAUGAAUGGCCAGAUGCCUGGUCCAAACCACCUGCCCAUGCAGGGCCCCGGGCCCAACCAGCCUUCCAACAUGCCAAGCGGCGGCAUGACCAUGCCACCCAAUAGCCACGGUUCCAUGGGUGCCUACAACCACGCAGUUCCUGCCUCGCAGGGCAUCAGCAACCAGGGCCAAAUAAACAUGAGUCAGGGCCAGCCAAUAGGCAACUACGGACCCAGACCCGGCAUGAACAUGCAGGCCAGCCAAGGUCCAAUGAUGCACCAGCAGCCUCCCUCACAGCAGUACAACUUGCCCCCUGGUGGUGGUGGCCAGCAUUACCAGGGCCAGCAGAACCCCAUGGGCAUAAUGGGCCAGGGCAACCACGUGAUUGGACAGAGGCCCAUGCCGCCCUACAGGCCACCUCAACAAGGACCCCCGCAGCAGUACCCGGGGCAAGAGGAGUACUAUGGAGAGCAGUACAGCCAUGGAGGCCAGGGGGCACCUGAGGGAAACUCACAGUAUGGUCAGCAGCAGGAAGCCUAUCAGCAGGGUCCCCCCCAGCCGCAGGGUUACCCAGCACAGCAGCAGUACCCAGCACAGCAGGCCUACCCGGGUCAGCAGCAGGGCUAUGGACCCUCUCAGGGUGGCCCUGGACAGUACCCCAAUUACCCACAAGGGCAAGGACAGCAGUACGGAGCCUACAGGCCGCCUCAGCCCGGUCCUCCACAAGGCCAACCACAGCGCUCGUAUGGCUACGAACAGGCGAACAUGAGGAAAUAGCCGAGCGAGUAUUUCAACCCCUGACUAGAUGUUUAACGAGCAAAGGGUCAGUACGGCAACUACCAGCAGUAAACGAGCGGCGCUAUUCAUCCUGGUCGAGUGUCUGCGGCGCAUCACAUCCUUCUGGACUGCACAAGGGCUGAGGCUUUCUGAGACUCUCCCACUCCCCCGAACGACCUUAAAUGACCUUGUUACCGAGAGAUUCAGCCGUCCACUGUUAUAUACGAUUUUCUAACACACACACACACACACACACACACGCGCGCAGAACUGUAUUAUUUACGUUACAUUUAGGCGUCAGGUAAUAACCGUGACCUUUGAUUGGUUGAUUCAGACUCUGCUUGUAAAUGUUUCCUGUUCAGCUUCAAAUCGUUUGAAAUCAAUGAGAAUUUGUACCUUUCAGCCCCUUUUACAGUCAAACCCGCAGCCCUUCAGGUGGUUACGUACGUACCAGCUUUCACCCGUUCACGGUGAUCACUGGUAAAACUAACAUUCGCAUUUGUUUAUCAACUGCGUAAUCGUUUCUAAUGCAGAACUUGUAAAUAAUGCAUCCGAUUGUGAUAUUGAUAAAUAGCCAGCAGCUUUCCCCCCACAAAAAUAGCAAUUUACAUCCUGUUUCUUAUUCAUUUUAAAGUUUAUGUGGAUUUGAAAACAUUAGCACGGUUAUGAGAGAACAGAAUGUAAACUUUGAAGCCUCGUUAAAAGCCUGGUUAUCCAUUCCUAUUCAGACCUCGUCAUAUUAAAUCCAUUAUGAGUUUCCCUCUAGACCUUUUUUAUUUUGUGGUAUUUUAUAGUAUUUAGUUUUUCUAUUUACUCUGUACGGACGUUUGGUCUUGAGUGACUUGACCUGAACCUUGUGAAUCAGGUCAUUGGCUCAAUCCCGGGUCCGGUCCAGUUGUGCUGCAUGGUUUUGUAUUCUCUCUACCCAUAUUAGAGCAUUUUUCCUGGUAAUUAAAUUGAGAGGAACAGGCAGGCAGUCGUAGCUUAGUGGUUCUUAGUGGUUAAAGUACCGGACUAGUAACCGAAAGGUCACUGGUUCAAACCCCAUCUUUGCCAACCUGCCACUGUGCUCCUGACCCUUAAACCUCAUUUACAUUUUCAGCAUUUUGCAGACGCUUGUAUCCAAUCAUCACUGAAUACAAUGCAAGCAAUUGAGGGUUAAGGGCCUUGCUCAGGGGCCCAGCAGUGGCAAUUCGGUGACGGUGGGGCUUGAACCAGCAACCUCAUGAUCACUUAACCACUGAGCUGCCACUGUCCCUUGAGCUAACCUCAAACACUUGCAUUGUAUUCGGUCACAACUGUAACUCAACUGUGUUGUAUAAAAGCGUCUCCUUAAUGCUAUACAUGUAGAUAAGAAAGUUUAAAUCGCUCUCUCAGCUUAUUACACCAUACAGCCAUAAGUAUUCAGACACCUGAUCAUUAGCUUGUCGGUCGUCUUUUCAGCAAUAACAACAGCCGCCCCUCUGGACAGGCUUCUCACAAGACUGUAAAGUAUGUCUGUGGGAAUUUGUGUACAAAUAUGACAGCAUUUGUAUGGCUGGGCACUGACGUUGAUGUUUCAGCUCAAUCCAGAGCUGUUCAGUGGUGUUGAGGUCAGGGCUCUGUGCCCUUUAAACUGAGCCUGUCUUUAUAGAGCUUGAACAGCAAUAGAACUAAACUGCUGCUACAAAGUUGGAGGCAUAUCAUUUUCCUUAUAUAAUUGAUUUAUUACACCUGUUAGCAACUAAUGUGGCUGAAACGCAUGAAGUCAAUAUAGUGCUUUAAUUUAAAUUGGCUUUGGUUUCAUGAAAUGUUUGGCCCCCACAUUUUUUUAAGGCAUUAUCACGUUCCCGUUUCAACCAGUGACCAUGUCUAGACGGUCUCGGCUGCAAACCUAGUUCAAAUAAAUGGGUGCAAAUGCAACAAUUGUUCCAUGGUACCUUCCUGGGUGAACACCCUGGUGAACGGGGCUUUUCUUUGCCAUGUCGGCCAGUUCCUUCGGUCUUACGGCAGGCUGUACAAACUAUCAAAAUCCAACUCAACAAAUCGGCUACUUUGUUUUCAACCCUUUUAACAAGGAAAGAGGGCAGAGUUUUGAUCUGCUGCUGCACCAUCUUUAUACGGCGUUAAAGUUCAUAUAGCUGAAGCAAUAACGGGGAGAGGGAGGGGCUCAGAUGAUCUUGUACGGGAAACAUCCACACAUCCUUAUACGUUGAGGUCGGUCUAACGACGACUGUGAUGUACAAAUGUAUUUUAUGCUUUCUAGAUAGAGCUUACUUUGUACCGAGAAUUUGAAAACGUAGCUUAAAAUAUUGUACUUUUUUUAUUUCCUUCAUUAUGCUGAACGUGUCUUUAUUAAAUGUUUUUGCUUUGUUGAAAAAAAAAAAAACUAUAUGUUGUCCCUUUUGUAGUGUAAUAUCUCUGGUUCCUUCUAGCCAUGCUAAACCUUGAUUAGACCCAUCUGCUACUCGGGUGGUUCACGUGUUAAUUGUCCACAGGGGGACGAUUGGUUUUUAAGUGCGGCGGCUCACCUAGAUGCUGGGAAAAGCCCCAAGAGCGAACAGUCAGGAGUCGCGUUCGGAUCGCUCUGAAAGGACGGAGAGGGUCUUGUACGGCUCCAGCUCGAUCAGCUGGAUGUUCCUAGCUGCCUUGGCGUAGUUACGAUUAAAGAAGUUGGGGGGGGGGGUUAUUUGUGUCCACUUGCACGUGCGAUUAAAAUCCUCUUAACGUAAAAUUUGAAUUGGUCACCUAGCCUGUCGCCUUUUGAUCCCAUAACCCUCGGAAUAUACAUCCAGGUUUAAAGCUCCUCUGCACUGUUAGUCCUUGACUUUCCCACAUGCUUAACAACGUGAGAGUCGGUAUUAAGCUAAAUAAGUGUAUAAAUGGUGGAUUAUUGUAAUAGCUGGACUUACCUGAUGCUAAAAGCAGGACAGUGGUUUGUAUUAGUGAUCGGUUGUAUUACUGUAUUGUAUUCAUACACACAUGACUGUAUUGUGAUGUAUGCUAUUACACUGCUGUAAAAUGACAUAUACCACAGUAGAGAAUUUUGACUAUGUCGCCCACCCCUACCAGCCUAGUGUACUGGCAUAUUAUAGUGUGCGCUGAUUCUUACCAGUGACCCAGUCCUACAUUUUAUUUAUUUUCUCCGAAUUAAGUCAUAUCCAAUUCCUUAGUGGGUCUCCUCUACUGUUGCAGAUCCCUAUCCUAAGCGAGGAGGAUCGUACCUAACCUACUGUGCUUAUCACACAGGGAUCAGAGUCGUGUACUCGGUUUCCUCGGCUGCUCCCGUUAGGGGGCGCCAGCGGAUCGUGAUCCGCAUUAUUGAUUUGGCACAGUUUUUGCAUAGGAUGACCUUCCUGACACGACCCUCCUUAUUUAUCCGGGCUUGGGACCUGCACUACAAUGCCCUGCUUUAUGCAUCCCAGCGACUUGUUACCUACAGGACAAUUUAGGUCUCCAAUUAGCCUGGCUGCAUGUCUUUGGACUGUGGGAGGAAACCAGAGCCCCAUAGGAAACCCACGCAGACACAACAUUCAAACUCCACACAGAAAGGACCCGGACCGCUCCACCUGGGGUUCGAACCCAGGACCUUCUUGCUGUGAGCCACCGUGCCGCCCGAUCAGAAUCGCGUACUGAUCUCUUAUUCGCCAUCGAGCUGCCAGCAGGGGUCGCAAUUGCAGCAGCAGUAAUGACACAGUCGGUCAUGUCUGUGUAGGCAGGUGCCCGGCCGGCUGAUAGCACAGCUGAGAUUUGAACUCAGCACUGGUGGGCUACCCAGCCACUACUGCUGGUGCCCUUCCGUUGCCACUCCUUACUUCAGGCGGAGGACGUUCUAUGCAAGUGUUAGUUGGCCAGUCCGGGCUUCUGUUAGUUUAUUCAAAGCCUCUUUGAAUUGUAUGCAGUUACAAUUCUAUGUUCAGGGCCUUAUUCAGAGGCACAACUUAGUGACUGUGGGGCUUGAACAAUUGCUCUUCUGAUCAUUAGUUAUUGAUGUUAGACGGUCAAAUAACCAGCAAUAACAUUUACAUUUUUGGCAUUUAGCAGACGCUUUUAUCCAAAUUGACUAACAGUACUUUGACAAUGUAUUGUCUAAGCAAUUGAGGGUUAAGGGCCUUGCUCAAGGGCCCAACAGAGGCUUAAACCAGGGACCUUUCAAUUACUAGUCCUGUAUCUUAACUGCUAGGCUACAACUGCACAGCACUGGUUUAUUAGAACAGAACCUGAGACCAGAGAUUUGCAAAAAAAAAAAAAAAAAAUAGCCACCAGCAGUGCCAGGCAGUGACCAAAUAAACAAGAAAGCAAGUGGACACACGUACUGACUGACAUUACAAAAGUUACUUAUGUUACAGAGCAAGUCGCCGCCCAAAACAAGAAAAGUGAACGGUGUUAGCACUCAUCAUGGUGUCACUCAUUGUUCUGUACUGUACUCGUGAUUCCCACCACAAGUUUAAGUCUGAAAAUGUGAAUAUAACCGUUUUUAUUAAAGCAUCAGCCAGUUUAUUUUGGGACACCCUAAAUGUUUGGAUUUGCUUCAGAUUACAGAUAGAGAUAAACUACUGGUCGUAGCUGUGAAGUGGUGACUGUGAUUCUGAGCAUGUACAGUCAUAAGUAUAAAGCCAGCGCUGCUGAACGUGGAUGUUUUUGGGGUUCAUGUUUGUGGAGUGGUGCAGAUUUGAGGUUAGAAUGUAUAUUUGUGCUGAUGAUAAAUGAUCGUUCGGUUCUCGCUUGUGCCAUGACUUUUUUUUUCCCAUGACAGUGUAAAGUUGUACAUCGUUGUAACUGUACAAAAUGGCUGAAAUAAAUUAUUGUAAUAUGG